GGUCGCCUCCUAAAAGGGGAAGAUAGUCUUGCGACUAUAUGAGAAGGGCUUUAUCCCUUUCUCUCGACAAUGUCAGAGACGAAAUAUCAUCCUUUGCACUUUAGAUACGAAUAGCAAAUCUCUUUGGGGUGUAAUAGUUAUUCCUUCUCAGUCUUCCCCGCCAUCACUUCAAGCAAAAUGCCAGCUGUCACCGAUAAUAGCGAUAACUAUAUUUUGGGUAGGAGCUUUAUAGAGACCAUAAGAUUGGAUGGCCAACACUUCAUAUUUAACCUCCAAAACGGCUAUACUAUCGAUCCCCGAAUCCCCAUCAACCCGGACACGAAGAUUGCAGAGAUCGGCACAGGAACUGGCAUAUGGCUUCUGGAUGUGUCUUCCCAGGUUCCUUCAACUGUUCAGCUUCACGGUUUUGACAUCUCAGAUGAACAAUUUCCUCCAAAGUCGACUCUGCCAAGUAACGUAACUCUGCAGGUUAUGAAUGCUUUUGAGGAAGUACCUGAAGAGCAUUUUCAGAAAUACGACGUGGUCCACAUGCGACUUUGGUGUGCCAUCAUUAGAGGGUGUGAUACCUUUGCCUUGAUUAGACAUGUCACGCAGUUGCUGAAGCCGGGCGGUUACCUACAAUGGGACGAUUACGACCCUGACCGGAAUGGAGCGUACAUCAAAGGAGAAGAAGCUGAGGCAUUGUAUUCCUUCGCUUCACUGAUUCGAAAAGAAUUGAACAUUGAUCCUUCUUGGCUUGUGGAUAUUCCAAAUCGUGUAAAGAAGGCCGGGUUGAAUGUUGUGGAAUUUCGGGCAGACCCGUUUUCACAAGCUUGCAUUCCGAUCAUCACUAAGUCAUUAUUUGCUUUCCACGCGAGUCUCAUUGCUGGAGGAUACAAAGCUGAUAUUCCGAGUCUUCCACCUCGUCACGAGGGUGAUGCAAUAUUGGAAGCUGCCUUGGACGCCGUCAAGAAUCGAGGAGGAGCACUUCACUGCACUCCAUUGGCAUUGCUGGCGCAAAAGCCUUUAGCCUGAUUGUGUACGGUUCUACACUGGCUUGGUUCCGAGGGUUCCAUUUACUGCAAACCACACUCUAGAUGAAGCCCGUAUCUAAAUAUCUCUCUCCCUCCUAGUCAAAGAGCAGUAUAGUCGUGUAAAUAUCAAUUUAUACUCUGUAUGUAUUGAGAAAUACAACGUCGAGGGUGGAAAAGAAAUGAAUCAUAAGAUUCACAACUCUUUUCAUAUAAAGAAUCAGUAGUCACCUUGGCACAACUGGUAGUUAUGUAUAGAAUCAAGACUGCAUUCAUCUUUGAAGACAGCAAAGGUAAAAAGAUUAAGGCUUCCUUUAUAUAAGUUUAUCCAAAUCAUAGUAACUAGAACCAG